UCUCAUAGAUUUUUUUAAAUGAAUGUUUUAAUUCAGUGGUAGUGACAGUGAAAUAUGCGUAUUUCAGGGGACUUUUGUUUUGAAAUGCCACAUCAGAUUUGCGUGGGACCACUUUGGUUGGAGACCUAGGGAAGUGUAGUGUCCCCCAGAACUGGACUGGUGUUGCGUUAUCUCGUAGAUUUGUUUUAAUGAAUAUUUUAAAUCAGUGGUAAUGACAGUAAAAUAUACCAAUUUCACGGGACUUUUACUUUGAAAUGAAAAAGAAGAAGAAGAAUUUUGAAAAAGAAAGAAAGCUGUAAUAUUAUCACACCAACGCUGUAAUUUUAUCGACCGAAUUUGAAAAUUCCCAUAAAAUUAAUGUAGUCACCAGACCACCUAUAGCUCCCUUUCUGGACACCUUGCUGUCAUGUCUGUCUAUCGAUCAAGUAAUAACAAAAAAUAUUUAUUGAAAACAUACUUCUGGUCAACGUAGGCUAUAACGCGACAAAAUUCUCGACUUUUCUUGUUUUAAGACAGAUAAACGUUUGAGCUUGUCAUACUAUCAAGCCUUAAUGUCGUAAAAUUACAAGUAUUUUCUUGUAGUUCGUGUGAACUCACGACUUUGUUCGUGCACAUUGGCAGAUUUUGGGUUGUAAAUGUACGACUUUAAUUUUAGUAGUGACUUUAUGAACAUAUAUAUUUUUCUCAAUAUUUAUUUGACUGCGACAUCGAAAGUACUUCCGGGUUGAACGGCUUCCGUGUUUAGUAGCUAACGGGAGCUAGCCGCCGUUUGGCAACGUCAUUAAUGUACCCGAGAUGAAGUCUUCUCCGUGCUGAGUUUGAUACGACCAGCAAAGAUGCAAAGAUGAUUGUGAUUGGUCAAUCCCAUUUGUGCCAGUCACAGGGCAGAUUCACACCGAUGAAUGAUUUAGUCUUCAAUGAACCCAACGUGCAUUUUUUCGGAAUGUAGGAGGAAGCUGGAGCACCAUAAGAAAACCCACUCAAGCACAAGUCCACGAUGUCAUUACCAGAGGAGUCGGCGGCUCGCAGAAAAGAGCGCGAGAGGGGAGCGCGGCCAAAGGAGCUGGAGAGCAGGGACCAGACCGGCCCGGCCACCUCCUCGUCUUCCCAGAGAGUGGUCUUUCGACGUCACGGUAAGGAAGCCUCAUUACUGUCAGAAGAGCGGACAUCCAGUCCAGUAUUGGGAGCAGUUAACUCUUGCACAGAGUUGACAGCCACUGAAGGCAGCAACAGCAGUCGCACACUCCGGCAAAAAAUUCAAGAUGCAAUGGGGCAGUGUUUCCCCAUGAAAACGCACAGUGGAGCGAGUACGCCGCCGCUCCCUCACGCGUUCUCCCUGUCAGCAGGCUGCACCUCCUCCAGGCGCAAGAUCCACCUGAGCGAGCUGAUGCUAGACAACUGCCCCUUCCCGGCCGGGUCGGAGCUAGCUCAGAAGUGGCACCUCAUAAAGCAGCACACGGCGCUCGACCCCGCCGUGACGUUCCCGGCGGACGAUGUCGACGACCGGCUGAGGGAGCGGCGGCGCAUCAGCAUCGAGCAUGGCGUUGAGCCGCCGGCUAACGCAGAGAUCCACACGCUGGAGGUGACGCCGCAAGCGAGUGCGGCCCUCCACAGGCGCCGCGGACCCAAGCUGGCGCACGGCCUGAACGAAGCGGGCGGCGCUGAGCAGAACCAAUUUCUCCUCCAGCGGCAACACCAGCUUCUUCUGCAGAGCUGUCUGGACACUCUAGAUGAGGUUGUGGUUUCGUCUUCCACGUCAUCUUCCUCCUUUGAUGUUAGUGCUACCCCUCCGGUCGACCCAGAAGCGCCCCCAAGAGCCACGCAUACCCACGCCAGCCCGCAUGUCCAUACUCAAAUCGACUACAUCCACUGUUUGGUCCCCGACAUGCUGCAGAUCACCAACUUGCCUUGUUACUGGGGCAUCAUGGACCGCUAUGAGGCCGAGGGGCUCCUGGAGGGCAAGCCCGAGGGCACCUUCCUGCUACGCGACUCUGCCCAGGAGGACUACCUCUUCUCUGUCAGCUUCCGCCGCUACGGCCGCUCGCUGCACGCCCGGGUCGACCAAUGGAACCACAACUUCAGCUUCGACGUGCGCGACCCCAGCGUCUUCCACGCGCCCACCGUCACGGCUCUGGUGGAGCACUACAAGGACCCCAGCUCCUGCAUGUUCUUCGAACCGCUGCUGUCCUUCCCCAUGCACCGCACGCAGCCCUUCAGCCUGCAAAGGCUCUGCCGUGCCGUCGUCAGCAGCUGCACCACCUACGACGGCAUCAACGCCCUACCCGUACCCAGCGCUUUGAAGAAGCACCUCAAAGAGUAUCAUUACAAGCAAAGGGUACACGUUCACAGGCUGGACAGUUGGUGGGAAUGACCAUCAACAACAACUACUCACCAAGCUGUACUUAUUUAUUGUACUGUAUAUCCUCGUGUACAUUCUAACUACACUGACGAGAAUAUGUAAACCUACUGGUUGUUUCUGAUAGAAUAAACCUACUGAAUCUUA